AUGUCUUCGAGCUCGGCAGGGGCGCAGCAAGAAUCACACCAGCGUGUCGGCUAUGAUACCAGUACCCGGAAAUGGACUGGUCAAGGCUUAGCGAUAGUCAGUGACAGGAGUGGCCAGGUGCUUCUUUCUGUUCCCAUCGAGUUUCUCAGCAAAGGAAUGGUCAACAGUUUCGCAUAUGUGCUACAAAGUAUUCACAUGGCAUUUGAUGUCAGGGCUGGCCGCAUCUGCAGCGAGGCAGGUGACGAAUGCAGUCCUCUGGAUGCUGUCACUCCCGGUCGAUUCAUAUACUGGAACGCUGAGACCGUCUUCUGCAGGCCACGCAUCGGACCUCGUUUCAAGUUCAUGUCGAGACCUCCUCACGCUGGCGAUGAUCUAGCAAGCACGAUGAGCAACUCCAAACGAUCAUCUGCGAAUCAGUCCAAGUUUCGCUUCACGGUGGUAGCUCGGGACUACUUCUGUUUGAUCUCAGACGUAGAAUAUCCGUCUUGCACGGCGGCUCAUAUACUUCCUGUUUCGCGGCCCGAGUUUGGCGUCCUGUUGAGAGACGACAUUCACCACGCUUUCGACAGAGGCCACAUCGCUUUGUAUCCUCUGUCUCAGAGGGACUUUCACGGAAAGGUCAUACGUCCAGAAAUUCGAUUUCGCGGCCCGCCGGACGACUAUCCUGAUACGCAGAUGCUGCUCUUUCACUAUCAGCAGUGUGUGAUCAAGUGUUUCCGAGGUUGGUCGGCUUUCUGA